AUGAUGCGAUAUGGCAGGAAAACAAUGGACAGGCAUGCAUUUGUAUUUGAUAAAUGUUUACGAGUUACAGGAAGUUCUUGCAGCACUCAGUGCCAAGAACCGCAUGAAUUUUUUGGUCAUCUGAUUAUUUAUGGAAAAAAGAGGUCCAAUAUUUAUCCACCAAUCGUCCAUUCCACACUUUUUAAACCUAUUUUCGCAAACAGUAAUUGGAGCAAAACCUUUGACUAUGAAAGUGAAGUAAUUAUAGAUUUAUAUAUUACGACAACGCGGAGUUGUGGUGACCGCGUUUCACAAUAA